AUGCGUCCCUCGCCCUCCUCCAACUUCUCCAGCGGCUCCAGCGCCACUCUCGUCCCGACGAUCACCCGCAGCACCAAGUUCCGCGGCACCUCUCCCAUUCUCCCCUCGAAACGCGUGGUAUACCGCGUCUCCACGUCACCGCUCACCCCGCCCGUGCAAGAUGUGCCCGCGUACACCACCGCAGGAGGUAUCCAGGCUGGCGCACGCACAGCCACGUUCCGCUUCAGCAUCCGCCGCCGCUCACAAGAGACCCGCGUCGGUGAGGCCUUGCCCAGCUUCUUCCCCGACCCAAACUUCACCCAGCCCCUUCUGGGCCGUCACGGGUCGAAGAGUGGCAAUGGCAGUGCCGCUGGCGCUCAGAAGUCGAUGCGCGGAGUCGACAAGGUUAUGAGCGGCAUUCGGAGCAGGCGCCACUUGUGGAAGCCGGCCCAGUGGCGCGGGCGUGCGUGCGAGUACGUGCUCAUCGAGGACGACAACAGCGAUCCGAGUGACGACGGCGACCCGUUUGACGAUGGCGACCCGUUUGACGACAGCGCCGUUGUUUGA